AUGGGUUCUAUUCAGGCACCGAUAGUUACUUCAACAACUGAAACUGAAGACAGUGGCACAUUUGCCGAUGUUGCUUCAACGGCUCCGACUACUCCAGACGGAAGCUCAACAUCUAGUCCAAUGCUCCGCGCAGAAUUAACCGCAGACCUUGAGAGAACUGCUUUACCGCAAAUAAUGACGUCUAACGUUCAGGAUAUGACCCGUCCCAUUCGUAACAUAUGUUGUGUCGGCGCUGGCUAUGUCGGCGGCCCGACAGCUGCUGUCAUGGCUUACCAAAACCCGGACCUCUGCGUCACUGUCGUGGACAAAAAUGAGCAGAGAAUCCGCCGAUGGAACUCAGAGCACCUACCCAUUUACGAGCCUGGCUUGGCGGAUAUCGUUCGCAUCGCUCGCGAUGGAUCUAGGAAGUGUUACUUCGAUAAUGAGCCAACUAGCACUAAUAUUAGCACAUCGAAAUCUUACCAUUUCUGUACCCCUGAUCAUGUGUAUUAUAGCACAAAGGCGACCGUACCCGCUAGGAAGCCGAACUUGUUCUUUUCGACUCAGGUAGCACGAUAUAUCGGCGAGGCCGAUGCAGUCUUAAUCGCAGUCAACACACCAACGAAGUCGAAAGGGGCUGGAGCGGGAAGCGCCACCGACAUGACAGCCUUUGAGGCUGUCACCAGCGAGGUUGCUCGGCAUGCUAGGCCGGGAACCAUCAUUGUGGAGAAAUCAACCGUCCCUUGUAGAACAGCAGAGCUUGUCCGGAAGACUAUGGCAGUCCACCGCCCCGGAGUUCACUUUGAGAUACUUUCAAACCCGGAAUUUUUAGCAGCAGGUACAGCCAUGAAUGAUCUUACGUAUCCCGACCGCAUACUGAUCGGAUCUUCGGCAACGCCAUCUGGAUGUAAAGCCGCAGAGGCUCUAGCAAAGGUCUAUACGGCAUGGGUCCCACGAUCUCGUAUCAUUACCACUAAUGUCUACUCGUCUGAGCUGGCAAAGCUUGUAGCGAACUCGAUGCUAGCGCAGCGCAUAAGCAGCAUCAACUCAAUCUCCGCGAUUUGCGAGAAGACGGGGGCGGAUGUUGAUGAGAUAGCAGCGUCUAUUGGUCGUGACCCCCGCAUUGGCGAUAAAUUCCUUAAAGCAGGAAUUGGUUUCGGCGGGAGCUGCUUCAAGAAGGAUAUUCUCAGCCUCGUAUAUUUGGCCGAGUCACUUGGCUUAGAUGAAGUGGGAGAAUAUUGGAGACAGGUGGUAAAGAUGAACGAAUACCAGCGCGACCGCUUCUCUAAGCGUGUGAUUCAGCGCCUCAAUAACACUCUAGUUGGAAAGAAGAUUACCCUGCUUGGAUACGCAUUUAAGGCCAAUACUUCUGACACGAGAGAAUCACCUGCACUCGAGAUCAUCAAGACGCUCCUUGAGGAAGGCCCUAGGGAGAUUGCAGUAUUUGACCCCUGCUGCAACCCGGUGGUGGUCAAAGCCGAGAUCAAGGAGCUUAUCAGAGGCCAGCCUGCUCUAAGAGAAGACGGAGGGCCGAUUGAGAUUUAUUCGAGUGCCUAUACCGCCUGCGACGGUAGCCAUGCUGUCCUAAUAACAACCGAAUUCGAUGAGUUUCGAAGCACCCCGGCUAAGACAGACAAGCCUAGCCCUAUUUCAAAAUCUCUGAAGAAAGUUGACCCUCGACCAUUCGAUUAUAAGAGAUCGUACCGGUACUACGCGACUGAGGCAUCCACGAAAGCGGCGCGGGGCGGCUCAAAGGUGUUCAAGUCUGCAGAUGAGGCCGUCGCAGACUUGAAGGAUGGCGACGUGGUCCUUAGUGCUGGAUUUGGGUUAUGUGGCGUUGCUGAAACCCUCAUUCAGGCUAUACAUAAAAGGGGUCUCAAAAAUCUCACGGCCGUGUCGAAUAAUGCUGGCUCUGGUGACCACGGAUUAGCUCUGCUUACUAGGGAUGGUCGACUAGAUCGCAUUAUCCUCUCCUAUCUGGGGUCGAAUAAGGAGCUCGAGAAGCAAUAUUUAACAGGAAAAAUAGCGGUUGAGCUAUGUCCGCAAGCGACAGGAGGGAAGACGUUCGUUGAGACUGGCGAGAUACCUGUGAGGUUUACCCCGGAGGCUGUCCUCGAAAAAGGCAAGCCAAAAGAGACUAGGGUAUUCAAUGGGAAAUCCUACAUUAUGGAGACAGCUCUCCCAGGCGACGUAGCGGUCUUGCGCGCUUGGAAGGUUGACGAGGCAGGAAACUGUGUCUUCAAAUACACCACCAAGACGUAUGCGGGUCUUAUGGCCAAGGCAGCACGCAUCGCCAUCGUUGAAGCCGAGAAUAUCGUACCGAUCGGGUCUAUUGAUCCGGACAGCGUUGAUCUUCCGGGUAUCUUUAUCGACCGCAUCGUGCCGGCCACGGCGGCCAAACACUUCGAAGUACUGAAAGUAGCACCACCUAAGGAGGAUCCUACUUCGGGUAAACCAAGCACGCUUGAUGCUCGGAACCGUAUUGCCAGACGUGCGGCUAAGGAGCUACAGGAUGGCUAUUACGUUAACUUGGGUGUGGGAAUCCCGACGCUGGCGGCGUCAUACUUGCCUGAGAAUACCAAAGUAUCGCUGCAGUCGGAAAAUGGUAUCCUAGGCAUGGGCGGUUACCCGGCGACAGAGGAAGAAGCGGACCCGGACCUGAUCAAUGCGGGUAAGGAAACGGUAACGUUGUUACCAGGAGCAGCGACAUUCGACUCGGCUGAGUCGUUCAGCAUGAUCCGGGGCGGUCAUGUCGACGUAUCAAUUCUAGGCGCUUUUCAGGUAUCUGCGUCGGGAGAUCUAGCUAAUUACAUGAUCCCCGGUCGUGUUUUCAAAGGCAUGGGUGGCGCCAUGGACCUCGUGUCGAACCCAGAGCAAACCAAGAUCGUAGUGGCUACAGAACAUCUCGACAAGAAAGGCCGCAGCAAGAUUGUCCAGGACUGCAAACUUCCCCUAACCGGCAAGGGUGUCGUCAGUACGAUCAUCACAGACCUUGCUGUGUUCCAAGUUGAUCGCAUCAAGGGUGGUUUGACGCUUACUGAGAUUGCGGAAGGUGUUGACGUUGAGACCGUUAAGGCUAAGACCGAUGCUGAGUUUAUAAUUGCAGAUGAUCUGAAGACGUUCUAA